CGGAAACUAUAUAAAGAGAAGGCCUGAUUGCCCCGUAGCUAUACAUUUUUAAGGUAACAUCCACACGAUGCGGUCACUCAAUUUUCUUGCUGCAGCCUGCGCGGUUCUUCUCUUGUUCUUUGUUGCCGUACAGAGCGACGAGGAUAUUUCGUUGCCCAAAGAAGUGAAGUCAUGCAGGAAGAGCUCCAAUGACUAUUCCUCCUGUCUGAGACUUGCCAUACAGGAGUCAUGGCCAGUCUUCAUGAAGGGUAUUCCUGAAUUGGAUCUACCAACGCUGGAUCCUUACUUCAUAUCCCAGGAAGAGAGUACUUAUGAGAAUGGUGCUAUAAAAGGAAAAAUCGUUGUAAAGAACGCAAGGAAUUAUGGCCUGUCCAAGGCCCAGUUUCUAGCAGUGAGGCCCCAACUUCAGAAUGACUAUUUCCGCUUGGAAGUUGAUGUCGAGAUACCCAAAGUCUUCAUCGAGGGCGAUUACAAGGCUGAAGGUUCCUUGGAAACUUUCCAAAUGGGAGGAAAGGGGUACUUCAAUAUCAGUCUUGAAGGGGUGAUAACCACCUGGAACAUUGAGGGACCAAUUGUCAACGACAGAUGGCAAGUGGAACACUUCACGGUUCUGCCAGAAGUCAACAAGAUGCACGUCUACUUCACUGAUCUCUUUAAUGGCAAUGAGAAUUUGAACAGAGCAGCCAUGAGCUUCGUAAACGAGUACUGGUCAGUCUUGUAUCACGGAAUGUUGCCGUACGUUUCAAAAGCCUGGGACGAAGAACUGACGAAGCUGGUGAACCGCAUGUUCUCAAAGAUCUCAUUUUCCAAGACUUUUCCAUAAUAAGACUCUCUUUAUUUAAGUUUUCAAGCACGCUCAUUCUCUUGACGAUUUAAUCAUUCAAGAGACCAAGAUACACUGAGCUUUUCUUUUUUCCAUUAAAAUACAGUGUACGUAACUGUGUUCAAAUAGACAAUAAGAAUGACUAAUAAAGUUAACGCUUGCCAAGAA